CCCAAAGCGUCGUGAGGGAGGCUCGGCUUCCUUCUGCGGAGCGACUCGCGUGGAAUGACUUAAAAUAAUAAUACACGUUUUACAUUCAGAAUACGCGAAAAGAAAAUGGCAAACGCGUAAACGUUUUUUAGACCGGUUUUUGCUGUUACACUUGACGAACAGGUUGUUUUGAGAAACGAAUGCGUGUUGUUUUGCGACCUCGCUGGUAAAUCUUGACUGGAGCCGCAUUAUUAUUUUUUUAUUUUAUUACCGGAUUAUAAAGAAUGGAGCGAAUCCCCAGCGUGCAGCCACCUCCUCUUUCCAAACAUCAGGCUGAUCUGUCAGACGUGCAGGGGAUGGAUUUCCAGAUGUAUAUGUAUAAACCCAGGCGGGGAAUGAAGAGAGGAGGAGAGGAGAGCAAAGACACCUACAAGCUGCCUCACAGGCUCAUUGAGAAGAAAAGACGCGAUCGGAUAAACGAGUGCAUCGCUCAGCUGAAAGAUUUAUUACCUGAACACCUGAAACUCACUACUCUGGGCCAUCUGGAGAAGGCUGUGGUUUUAGAGCUCACGCUCAAACAUGUGAAAGCCCUCACCUGUCUUCUGGAGCAGCAGCAGCAGAAGAUCCUCGCUCUGCAGAGCGGCAUGCAAAUUGAGCAGCCACCCGUUAGCCAGGAACAGUCAGAAGAGAUGUUUCACUCUGGUUUCCACAUGUGCGCCAAGGAGGUUCUUCAGUAUCUCGCCAAUCACGAGUCGGACAAAGACUUAACUCCAUCUCAUCUAAUGAACCACCUUCACAAAAUAGCUGCAGAGGUUCUGCAGAGUCUGCCCCGACCCCCCACCCCUCUCAGCCCUCAACCCGAGGAGAGCCCAACCUACCAACAGCACCAACUUCACAAGGAGGCAACCACCAGCUUACCCCCUAAGCCCACGGAGGGCUAUGGGAGGAACUGCGUGCCUGUCAUCCAGCGAGCGUAUGCUCCGCCCAGCAGCGAGCAGAGCGGCAGCGAUACAGACACAGACAGUGGCUACGGGGGGGAGCUGGAGAAAAGUGAUGGGGGUGCCCUGCAGGGUCGUCCAGAUUAUUACGGUCAGGAGAGCCAGCCUAAGCGACCGCAGAGCUCUGGCAUCAAGCAGGAGGGCGAUGAACCUCGCCACAAACGGCCCCGCGUCGAGUCCUCGGAGGAUGAGCUGCUCUCGGGCGGGGAGUCGUCAACCUCGUCGUCCUCCAGCGGUUACGGUAGCUACAUGAGCGUUUCCCCCAGCCACCCUCCACCGCCACACCCGCUCUGCAUGCCGUUCUACCUCAUCCCACCCUCUGCUGCAGCUUAUCUGCCAAUGCUGGAGAAGUGCUGGUAUCCUGGAGCCGUGCCCAUGCUGUACCCCAACGUGGGAGGCUCCUCACCCCCCAUGUCCAGCGAGAGACCACCCCCACCUCAACUGGGGCUGUCUCCCAGAAGAGGCUCUCCAGCCCCAGCCAUAUCUCAGACCCCCAUGGACUCCCCUGCCCUCCUUCAAGCACUGAAGCAGGUACCACCGCUCAACCUGGAAACCAAAGAAUAAAAACGAAACAUGAAGGAGCAGGUGAAAGGACGAUGUGUUUUUUGUUUGUAGCCAGAGACAAAGCCAGCAGUGGGACGGACGUGCACAUGACGGAGCUGAUCGUAAUCGUUCACUUUGCUUUCUUCAUGACUUGUAGAAACAAUCAGACGAGGGUUCAGAGCAGCAUCCAUCCCCACUGGGAGGAAUGCAAACGCUCUGGGUGAAUGUUUAAACCUCAGUGAUUUUGUUUUCUCUUUACUCAUGUAUCAGACACUGCCCUGCACACACACACACACACACGUUGGUUGAAUGUAAAGAAAGAAAUGUUCUCGAUGCUGCUGUGGAGAUGUAAACGACGUUGACGCAUCUUGUAGCCGUUGUGAUAAAGACUCACCUCUUUGUACUCUUGAAACCUUUGCACCAAAUUAGCCGUGUUAGUCACCAAAAGUUUGUUGCCUAUGUCCUUUGCUCACCAUUCUGAUAACUGGAACACGCCCUUCGAGCCAGACGUGAUGGCUGGCACCAUAAAACUCAAGGAUGUUCUCGAAGUGUAUGCAGACGAGGAUGCAACCUUGGAUGAAGGGAUAGGCCACCACAUGGCCAAAGCGAGUGUCUUGUAUCUUUCUGUUGACAAACAGCCAGCUGAGAUGGAUUUGUGUAAUUAUUGUCCAUAAACUUCACGUACAUUUCUAUUUUUGAUACCUGUUCUAGCGCUCUGCCCACCCGGGCAGUAAGUUGAGAGUGCGGACGAUGCCGUGUCCUCAGAAGCUGUACAUUGUGUAGCACUGUGCUGGACCUACUCGACGUGUUUCUGCUCAAGUCAAACCCGGUGUUUGUUCUUGCUGUUGCCUUUUUACUUGUGGAAAAAAGUUGAUAAACUGCAGAUGUUUUUUUUUGUUUUUCUCUAAUGUAUGAAUACUAGAGUCUGAGGCGUAAACAGGGGAGAUGUGAAUGUAAGUUUUACCAGAAAACUAGUUUUCUAUAGAGAGAGAGGUACUUAAGGUUUUCUAUUUUGGGACCUAAA